CUCAUCCUUCCCUCCCUUUAAUACCCACUUCCACACAAACCCAGCUUACUGACAUGUCCCAUACCCCACAACUAAACACCUCCCCUCAUGCUACCACCUCCAAUCCGUUCUUAUCCAUUCCCCACAAUUCCAAUUUUGUUCCCAGUAGUUCGGACCCCUCCCCUACUCUCCUGCAACCUUCCCCACCUUUACCUCGUCCUUCCCGUCACAGGAAACCCAAUUCCAAAUACCUAGGUGAACCGUUUGUUAAUACUACCACCACUCACCCCAUCCCUUCUAUCCUUGAGCCUACCACUGUGAAAUUUGCACUUCAGGACCCCAAAUGGAAGGCAACUAUGGAUGAAGAGUACUCUGCUCUUCUACGGAACAAAACCUGGGAAUUGGUUCCACAUACGGGUACUUCUCCUAUUUCAUGUCGUUGGCUAUUCCGAGUCAAGCGCAAUGCUGAUGGGAGUGUAGCACGAUUUAAAGCGCGUCUUGUUGCUCGUGGCUACCUUCAGCAACCCGGACGGGAUUACACAGAAACUUUUAGUCCGGUUACUAAGCCGGCCACAAUCCGUUUGGUUCUCACCAUAGCUCUCUCCCGAAACUGGGAUCUCCGACUGCUAGAUGUAAAUAAUGCAUUUUUGCAUUGAUCUUUAACCGAAGAGGUAUACAUGACUCAACCUCCGGGAUAUGUUGAUGCUGCUCAUCCUACACAUGUAUGCCGUCUUAGGAAGGCCUUGUACGGCCUCAAACAAGCUCCCAGUGCAUGGUAUAUGGAACUCUCUCGUUUUCUUAUCUCUGUUGGAUUCAGAAAGUCUCAAGCCGACCAUUCUCUAUUUAUCUAUUCACAUGAUGGGGUUCUGUUAUACUUUCUGGUAUACGUUGAUGAUAUAUUGUUCUCACUGGCAGCUCUACGGCGGCAAUCAAUAUGUUUAUUCAUAAGCUUACAACUCGUUUUUCUAUCAAGGACUUGGGACACCUACAUCAUUUUCUUGGAAUUGAGGUUAUACCAUCAUCCCGGGGUAUUUUCUUAUCCCAACGGCAAUAUAUUCUUAAUAUUUUGGACACUUUUAAAAUGACGGGUGCUAAGGAGUCCUCUACUCCUAUGACUUCUGCGGCUCUCACUAGUGGUCCUAGUGACUGUCCUAUGCUGGAUCCUAAACUUUAUAGGAGAGUUCUUGGCCUCUUGCAGUAUUUGGCAUUCACUAGGCCAGAUAUUUCGUUUGUUGUGAAUCGUCUCUCUCAACAUAUGCAUUGUCCAUCCGAUCAUCAUUGGCAAGCCGUCAAACGAGUGCUUCGAUACUUAAAGGGUACUAUUAAUUUUGGUCUCUUUUUGCAUCGUAAUUGUCCUUUGCAGCUUACGGCAUUUUCUGAUUCUAGUUGGGGGAAUGUUUCUGAUGCUGGUCAUUCCACUACGGGAUAUGUUCUAUAUUUAGGCCCUAAUAUUAUUUCUUGGAAGUCUGCUAAACAGAAGUGUGUGUCCCGCUCGUCUACGGAGGCAGAAUAUCAGGCUGUCGCUAAUACCACGGCCGAGCUCUUAUGGGCACAAAAUAUCUUACGUGAACUUGGGAUUCAAUUACCUACCAAGCCAGUUCUCUACUGUGAUAAUUUAGGGGCCACAUAUGUUUGUGUUAAUCCAGUUUUCCACUCCCGAAUGAAACACUUGGCCCUGGAUUAUUUCUUUGUUCGUGAGCUGGUUGAGCAGGGUGCCUUACGGGUUCAACACAUCUCUACCAAGCUUCAAAUUGCAGACAUCUUGACAAAACCACUGGGACGUGAUUUAUUUGAAAAAUUUCGUCUCAAGUUGGGAGUUUCCAAAGGAACCUCCAUCUUGUGGGGGCGUAAUAACACAUAAUUAUAUUUUAUUUAUAAAUUGUACAUUCUGUAAUUAUCAUCAUACACGUAUGAAUGUUUAUCAUCUCCACUAUUAUAGGUCACUUAGUUUAGACGUAGUCAUCUGCUCAGUUAGUUAGAAGGAGUCAUCAUCCAGUAUACUUCAUUUGUAUAAAUAGGCACCAUGUACGUAACAUUGAUAUACAUCAAUAAUAUAAUAUUCAUCUCUACUCUUUACAUAUAA